AAUCUCUCAAUAAAAUCCAUUGUGUACUGUGGGUAGCCCAUCAUACCUAACUCCAUUGAAAAAUAAUCAUUUUUUAGGAUUCCUCGUUCCUCGAUUAACUGUGAACACUUGUUGCAACAUAAAAUGAGAGCAUUUAGCACGAUUCGGGUUCUCGUAACAAAUUCGGCAUUGAUUUGCUCCAACAAAUCGCGCUUUAUUCAAUAAAAAACGCCAUUGUCAGUGCGCCGUUGGCUAGCUAACAAGCUACCGCCCACCACGGUAGACACGAAGAGGUGGAAAGUACAAAACGUGGAUGUGGCUUAAAAUUAGUGUCUGGUGUAUUGAAUGUAUGCCGAAUUGAAGAAUGAAAAAUAAUAACUCCAUAAAUUACAUUUUUGGGCAGUUGAUAAAAGCAUGCGCUAAAGUGGACGAUUUUCAGCCUUGAAACUCGCAUAUGGGAAAUUGAGUGGUAGUGUUAGCAAAACCUUUGGUUCCGCUGGCAUGUUUCCAGUCGGACACAAUAACAAUGGGCAAAAUGUGGUCGUCCGGGCUGGUAACAAGUUUUCAGGAUGGGUAGUCGGUUUAGUUGGUGAGGAGACAACUAGUGUGAGUUAGAGAGGGAGUCGCCGCCGUCAGAUCCGCAACAUGGACCCGGUUCACAAAGCGGUGCUGCGGAAACACAGACUGUAUCUGUCCGCCGAGCUGUUGGUCGGCGACACCGUUGUCCCCUUUCUGUUCCAGGAGGACAUCCUGACGGACUCUCAGGUGGAGGACAUCGAGUCUCAGCCCACAAACAGACUGAAGACUCUGAGGCUGCUGGACCUCCUCCCGACCCGCGGGCCGCGGGCCUUCCACGCCUUCCUGCGGUCUCUGGAGGACUUCCGCUGGGUCAGGGAGAGACUUCUGCUGGAGCUCCAGACCACACCUGGACCCAGCUCCACAGACGCCUGGCAGCUCCCGGACUCCGUCCUCCAGAGGGUUCCUUCGGAUCGGGAGUUGUCCCGGCUGGCGUCGCGGCUCGGUGCCGAGUGGGAGCCGGUGCUGAUGGAUCUGGGUUUGUCUGCGGAGGCUCUGUUUCGCUGUCGGUACGAUCACUCUGUCAGCGCCCACGGAGCGGCGCUGGCCGGCCUGGUUCAGUGGAGGCGAUCGGAGGGGAGGAAAGCCACGGUGCAGAGACUGCUGCAGAGUCUACGGGCCGCUGGCGUCCAUCCAUCCGUCCUGCAGGACGUCCUGAUGUGACGGAGCACAAACAUUUUACCUCUUACACUCUCAACUUUUCACAGUCCGAGAAAUGUGCCUUUACUCUUCUAGUCGUCCCAACAGCGUGUCGGUCCGUCUCUCAGUGUUUUCUGACCUCGCUGCUCUGGACGACACAACGUCUAAAUGAGUUUGUUUGUUGGGCAGUAAAUCUUAGAGACGAGACAGGACAAGCAGGGUUUUCCGAACCUAGCUGAAUGUUUUCGUCACCCGAACGGCGCUGAGUACGAAUUUCGAGAUAAAAGACAAAAUUGUACGAUAAACGUCAGGAAUCGGAUUUAAAAAUUCAAAUUCUGAGAUAAAAAUCAAGACUUUGAGAUCAAAAGUCUGAACUUUGAAACUUAAAUCAGCAGUUAAAAGGUUCAAAUUCAGGAAUCUCACUUUAAAGGUCAGAAUUUUGAGAUAAGAGUCAUGAAUUUCAGAGGAAAAGUGCGAACUUUAAAUAUGAAGUCACAAAUCUGAGAUUUAAACUUUGAGAUAAGGGAUAGAAACCUGAGAUUAAGACUUAAAAUCCAAAUCAUCGGGAUAAAGUACAAGUUGUUUGCAUCAACAAAAUCACGGACUGUUCCUUUAAAACAACGCAGCACCGGGGGAACUUGAACAAGUGAAGGCAGAUGGGCCUUUUUCUUUUCCACUUCAAUAACGACCCUGUUUUUAUUCAGUCGUUUCCAUCUUAUUAUUCACGUCACGUCAUCGGAUCACGUUUAACUUUAGGACCAAACGUCCCCUAAACUCUGCUUCACUGUGUUUUGUUUCUAAUCACUUCGUUUCCUUCUUCCUCUGCGCUUGAACCUCUUGUCACGUCUCCUCCACAUGUGUGUUUAUUCUCAGACUUCAGCUUUCUGAGCGGAUUUUCCCACAUUUUCCUGGAAUUCGGCACCAAUUUUUUUUCGAGCAGAACGAUUAGUUUUAGUCAGAGAAACACACUCAAAGAGCCUUUUGUGCCUGGAAACCACAAAACACACAGAAACACACACAGUAACACACACAGACACACACGGUAACAAUGGCACUCUCACUGUACUUCAUUAAUUCCUCAACAGCCUGCAGAGCUCCUGCUGAGGACUGGUUUUCUGCUGGUGUCUGAGUUUUAAGGUGGACUGACGAGAUGCUAAACCUGCGCGUGACCGGACCGUGACGGUGUUUCCAUCUAAAACUCGGACUUUAAAGCUAAUUUACGAGUUUAAAUCACAUUGUUUUUGCGCAGAAGUGACUUUUCUCUGUUGAAACGUUUGUCAAAGUCCAAACCGAACCAUAGAUCAUUUAGAGACAUUUCAUUUUAACAGUCACAGUUUGACUCUUUAACCCUUUAUGGUCUUUUUGAGCUUUGACAUCUCACUGAAAACUGAGCUGUUACUCAACCUGACAGGUUUUUCUCCAGCGCUCUGCUGUAGCACGUUCGGACUUUUAUUCUGAGAUUAAAAGUCAAAAUGUUGAGGAUAUCGUCAGAAAUCUGAGAUUGCGAGAGAUUAAUGUCAGAAACGUGAGAUUAAAAGUCCCGAAUUUGAGAAUAAAGUCAGAACAGAAGAAAAGUCGGGUACAUUUCAAAUAAAUACUUUAAGACUGAAAUCAGGAAUCUGAGAUUACUAAUCCAAACGUUAACUAAAAGUAAGAAGUUUGAGACCGAAUUGUGAAAUUUCAGAGAAAAGUCUGAGUUUAGAGAUAAAAGUCAGGCAUCUGAGUCUGAAUAAAGUCUUCAAUUUGAGAUAAAAAUCCUGAAUCCAAGAUUACAAAUGUGAAUUUGAAAUAAAAGCCAAGAAUCUGA